CCACAAAUCAGUUAUGCCUCAACUGCACCAGAGUUGAGUGAUGACAGGCGCUAUGAUUUCUUCUCACGUGUGGUUCCUCCAGAUUCCUUCCAAGCACAAGCAAUGGUGGACAUUGUGAAAGCUUUGGGAUGGAAUUAUGUAUCCACUUUGGCAUCUGAAGGGAAUUAUGGAGAAAAAGGAGUCGAGUCCUUCAUGCAAAUUUCCAGAGAGGCAGGUGGGCUCUGCAUUGCCCAGUCCCUGAAGAUCCCCCAGGACCGCAAGGACAAGACCAUCGACUUCGACAAGAUCAUCCGGCAGCUGCUGGAGACGCCCAACGCCAGGGCCAUCGUCAUCUUCGCCAACGAUGAGGACAUCAGGCAGAUCCUGGCGGCCGCCAAGAGGGCGGAUCAAGUGGGACAUUUCCUGUGGGUGGGCUCGGACACGUGGGGCUCCAAGGUGGGCCCGCUGCUGCAGCAGGAGGACGUCGCCGAGGGGGCCAUCACCAUCCUGCCCAAGAGAGCCACCAUCGAGGGGUUCGAUGCCUAUUUUACCUCCCGCACCCUGGAGAACAACAGGAGGAACGUCUGGUUUGCAGAGUACUGGGAGGAGAACUUCAACUGCAAGUUGACCAUCACUGGCUCAAAGAAGGAAGACACGGACAGGAAAUGCACAGGGCAGGAGCGCAUCGGGAAGGACUCCCCGUACGAGCAGGAGGGGAAGGUGCAGUUCGUCAUCGACGCCGUGUACGCCAUGGCCCACGCCCUGCACCACAUGAGCCGCGACCUGUGCGCCGACGGCGCCGGGCUCUGCCCCGACAUGGAGCACGCGGGGGGCAAGAAGCUGCUCAAGUACAUCCGCAGCGUGAACUUCAAUGGCAGUGCUGGCACUCCAGUGAUGUUCAACAAGAACGGGGACGCCCCGGGGCGCUACGACAUCUUCCAGUUCCACAGCACCAACACCAGCACCCCGGGCUACCGCCUCGUGGGCCAGUGGACAGAUGACCUCCAGCUCAACGUGGAGGAGAUGCAGUGGGGCGGGGGCGUGCGGGAGGUGCCGCCCUCGGUGUGCAGCCUGCCCUGCAAGCCCGGCGAGAGGAAGAAGAUGGUGAAGGGGAUGCCCUGCUGCUGGCACUGCGAGCUGUGCGACGGGUACCAGUACCAGGCGGACGAGGUGACCUGCCUGCUCUGCUCCUACAACGAGCGGCCCAACGAGAACCGCACGGGCUGCCGCUCCAUCCCCAUCAUCAAGCUGGAGUGGCACUCGCCCUGGGCCGUCAUCCCCGUCUUCCUGGCCAUGCUGGGGAUCAUCGCCACCAUCUUCGUCAUGGCCACGUUCAUCAGGUACAACGACACGCCCAUCGUGCGCGCCUCGGGCCGCGAGCUCAGCUACGUCCUGCUGACCGGCAUCUUCCUGUGCUACAUCAUCACCUUCCUGAUGAUCGCCAAGCCCGACGUGGCCGUGUGCUCCUUCCGCAGGAUCUUCCUGGGGCUGGGCAUGUGCAUCAGCUACGCGGCCCUGCUGACCAAGACCAACCGCAUCUACCGCAUCUUCGAGCAGGGCAAGAAGUCGGUGACGGCGCCCAGGCUGAUCAGCCCCACGUCCCAGCUGGCCAUCACCUCCAGCCUCAUAUCGGUGCAGCUCCUGGGGGUCUUUAUUUGGUUUGCGGUUGACCCGCCCAACAUCAUCAUAGAUUAUGAUGAGCAGAAAACUAUGAACCCCGAUCAGGCCAGAGGAGUUCUCAAAUGUGACAUUACGGAUCUACAAAUCAUUUGUUCCUUGGGUUAUAGCAUUCUGCUAAUGGUGACGUGCACUGUGUAUGCCAUCAAGACUCGGGGUGUCCCAGAGAAUUUUAACGAAGCCAAACCCAUUGGAUUCACUAUGUACACUACCUGUAUAGUAUGGCUUGCCUUCAUUCCAAUAUUUUUUGGCACUGCCCAGUCAGCUGAAAAGCUCUACAUACAAACCACCACACUCACGAUAUCCAUGAACCUCAGCGCGUCGGUGGCGCUGGGGAUGCUCUACAUGCCCAAGGUUUACAUCAUCAUCUUCCACCCCGAGCUCAACGUGCAGAAGCGCAAGCGCAGCUUCAAGGCGGUGGUGACGGCGGCCACCAUGUCCUCCCGGCUGUCCCACAAGCCCAGCGACCGCCCCAACGGCGAGGCCAAGACGGAGCUGUGCGAGAGCGUGGACCCCAACAACUGCAUACCACCAGUAAGAAAGAGUGUUCAAAAGUCUGUUACUUGGUACACUCUUCCACCUACUGUAUAGCUUUUGCCUGCUUUCCAAAAAGGAAAUUUGGAGGAAGAGUGAGCAGAUAUAGUUAGACCUCAUGGACCAGUCCCUCUCUUGCUUUUUUACUCGGUAAACUCUCAGUAGCUCUGAGUUCUCCCGUUGAUUAAUUUAUCAGUCCUUACAUCCUCUCAGGGAGACUCUGUCAAAUUUAUAAAUUGUAAUAUCAGGAAAAAGACAAGACUUUUGGCUCUCUUCUCUUCCAUCUAUUUCUAAUGACUCCCUUUCUCCCAGACAGGGCAGAUGUCACCGUGCCAGGGCUCAGCUGGUGCUGUUCCCUCCCUGUCCCUGCUGUGCUCUCCUGAGCACCCACACCCCACUCAGGGUCAGGGACAGGAGCAGGGAACAGUUGUGGGAUUGGGAAAUGGAACCUGACAUUCUCACCUCGAUUCCAGUGGAGUCCCUGGCAUUUCCCCAGCCUGGGACCUGCAGGAUUUGGGGUCCUGUUUCCUUUCUCCCCGACCCAGGCACCAGGGAGCAGAACUUGUAUCUGGCCGCUUUUGGAAUGGGAAUUAUUUCCAUUUUUGUUGCCA